AUGGGCGAGAAAGACUCUGCCAAUGGCAGCAAGAUUGCCCAGGUGGAGCAAGUUGUGGCCGCUGCCUUGAGGCCAUUGCCUACUCAGACUGGCGACGGUAGCUACAUCCAAGCGCCAACCGUGACUGGUCUUGCCAAGGACCUGCUUCAUUUUGACCUGAAAGAUGCCAAAACCCUGGCCGAGGUCGCCAAAACAGCCGUCACCGGUGAGGCCGUCAAUGAUCGAGACUACAUCAUGGAGCGUGUCAUUCAGCUUGCUGCUGGAUUACCUGCAACAUCUAAGAAUGGCAAGGAGCUGACCAACACUUUUCUGAACCAACUGUGGGGAGAUCUGGAACACCCGCCAAUUUCCUAUCUUGGCCGUGAAUCUGCCUACCGCAAAGCUGAUGGAUCUGGAAACAAUCCCUUCUGGCCCCAAAUUGGAGCCGCUAAUACCAACUAUGCCCGGUCUGUUCGACCAAAGACAAUGCAGCCUGCCGCUCUUCCAGAGCCAGAGGCUCUAUUUGAUAGCCUCUUGGCACGCAAGGAGUUCAAAGAACACCCGAACAAGAUUUCGAGUGUGUUGUUCUAUCUUGCUUCUAUCAUUAUCCACGAUCUGUUCCAGACCGACCCCAGGGAUCAAACCAAGUCACUUUGUUCCUCAUACCUUGACCUCGCUCCCCUCUAUGGAAAUAACCAGCAGGAGCAAGAUGCAGUCAGAACUUUCCAAGACGGAAAGUUGAAGCCGGAUUGCUUUUCUACAAAGCGUAUCUUGGGAUUCCCACCUGGUGUUGGUGUCAUGCUGAUUAUGUUCAACCGUUUCCACAACUCUGUUGCUACACAAUUGGCUGCUAUCAAUGAAGGUGGUCGGUUCACGAAGCCAGAUGUGUCCAAUAGUCAAGCCCUUGCUACUUGGGAGAACGAUCUUUUCCAGACAGCACGCCUGGUCACUGGUGGACUUUAUGUUAACAUCAUUCUAAAGGAUUAUGUCCGCACCAUUCUUAAUGUCAACCGAACUGACAGUGUGUGGAGUCUGGACCCUCGUGCAGAUAUCAAGGAUAGCUUGCUCGGUCAAGCUGCUGCCGAGGCCACUGGAAACCAGUCAUCGGCCGAAUUUAAUUUGGUUUAUCGCUGGCACUCCUGCAUCUCGGCCCGUGACCAGAAAUGGUCUGAGGACAUGUACAAAGAGUUAUUCCAAUGUCAGGAUCCAACUUCCAUCACUAUGCAGCAAUUUACCGGAGGUCUCAGACAAUGGGAGUCAAAGCUUCCGGCUGAUCCCCACGAACGCCCUUUUGCUGGCCUGAAACGCCAAGCAAAUGGAUCAUUUGACGAUAAUGAUCUGGUCAAAAUCUUCCAGGAGAGUGUUGAAGAUCCUGCUGGAGCCUUCGGCUCUCUCAAUGUUCCCGAAGUUUUCAGAAACAUUGAGGUCCUUGGUAUCAAACAAGCCCGCUCCUGGAACCUGGCUACCCUGAAUGAGUUCCGCCAAUACUUCAAUUUGGCUCCUUACCAGAGCUUCGAAGAGAUCAACUCGGACCCGUACAUUGCUGAUCAACUUAGACACUUCUACGACCACCCUGAUCAAGUCGAGCUGUACCCAGGACUUAUCGUCGAAGAAACCAAGCAGGCCAUGGCUCCGGGCAGCGGUCUAUGCACCAACUUUACGACCUCCAGGGCCAUUCUUUCGGAUGCGGUUGCUCUUGUUCGUGGCGAUCGAUUCUACACUGUGGACUUUACCCCGAAGCAUCUUACAAACUGGGCUUUCAACGAGAUCAGUAAUGACGACUCCAUUGACGGCGGCCAAGUCUUCUACAAGCUGGCCUUGAAGGCGUUCCCCAACCAUUUCCGGGGUGACUCGGUCUACGCCCACUUCCCCAUGGUUGUGCCUGAUGAGAACCACAAAAUUCUGAGCAACCUUGGCACAGUGAAGUCCUACAGCUUCGACCGGCCUUUCUACAAGGCCCCGGCUCUGUUCAUCAACUCUCACAGUGCCUGUGAAAACAUAAUCAAGGACCAAGAGAAUUUCAAGGUCGUAUGGGGUGAUAAAAUCCAAUUCCUGAUGGAGAACAGUGGCCGUCCUUAUGGUCGGGCCUUUGCCUUGUCGGGCGAUCUCCCUCCCAAUGCAAGCUCGCGGAAGAUGCUUACCGCUGCUUUGUACCGGGACAAGUGGGAAUCUGAAGUGCGAUCCUUCUAUGAGGAUAUCACUCUGAAACUUCUAGAGCGCAAUUCAUACAAGGUCGCUGGAGUCAACCAAGUUGAUAUCGUCCGCGAUGUUGCCAACCUUGCUCAAGUCAACUUCUGUUCCAGCGUAUUUUCAUUGUCUCUGAAGACUGAGUCUAACCCACGAGGUGUGUUCAGCGAGCAGGAACUGUACCAGAUUCUGGCUGUGAUUUUUGCCUCUAUCUUCUACGAUGUCGAUGUCUCAAAGUCUUUCCAGCUUUGCCAGACUGCUCGCAAGGUUGCGCAGCAGCUGGGUGAAUUGACGUUGGCGAACGUUGAAGUUGUCUCCAAGAGUGGAUUUAUCUCCGCUGUGGUUAGCCGUCUUCACCGUCAUGAUAUUCUGAGUGAAUAUGGCGUUCACAUGAUCCAGCGCUUGCUUGACAGCGGUUUGCCAGUCAAGGACGUUGUGUGGUCGCAUAUUCUCCCCACUGCUGGUGCAUUGGUUGCCAACCAGGGCCAGCUUUUCUCCCAGUGUCUUGACUACUAUCUCUCUGACGAAGCAGCUGAACACCUGCUUGAGAUCCAGCGCUUGUCCCGAGAGGACACACCCGAGGCUGAUGAGAUUCUCGUGCGAUACUUCAUGGAAGGUGCUAGACUGCGUUGCUCUGUCGCCUUGCCUCGAGUUGUGUCCAAGCCAACCACCGUGGAGGACAAUGGCCAGUUCGUCAACCUGAAGGCUGGUCAGGAGGUCAUCUGUAACUUAGUUGUUGCAGGCCGUGACCCUGUCGCUUUCCCCGACCCCGACAAGGUCCGUCUUGAUCGUGACAUGAGCUUGUACACUCACUUUGGCUUUGGUCCUCACCAAUGCAUCGGGGUUAGGAUGUGUCCCAUUGCGAUGUCUACCAUGCUCAAGGUUCUAGGCAAGCUGGAUAACCUCCGCCGUGCCCCUGGCCAACAAGGUCACCUGAAGAGACUCGAUGGCCUUGGUGGAAUCGCCAUGUACAUGGAUGCUCAGCACAGUAGCUUCUCUCCGUUCCCCAUGACCAUGAAGAUCCAGUGGGACGGAAAUCUGCCCGCCAGACGUGAGUAA